GACAAACCAUUGAGUUAACGCUGUGCUGUGUGUAAAAGGCUGUGCUAACUGUGUGUAUGUGGUGAUGGUGGCCGUCCCGACGGUGUUGGGCAUAGCCUCCAUCCGAGUGUAUACUGUCAGUGAAGUGUCCGCUGAUGGACUGGUUACCCGAGAAAAUCUCAACAUCUACACCCCGCUGCCACAGUCUGCUCAGGCCCAGUUUGUUCCAGAGAGUCCUGGUGUUAUUCAGAGUGGGUUAACUACAGCAAGACAGACCAUACUACCAUUUGUCCACUCUGUGAAGGGUGCCUGUGUCUCUGUGAAAACAGGAACCGUUAAUCUCUACCAUACAGGAGAGGAUGUGUUUUAUUACCUGAAAGACCCUCCCCCGGGUUUUCUGCCCAGAUUCGGCACCAUCACCAUGGCUGGCCUGCUUGGCAUGUUCUUGGCACGGAAAGGCUCUCAUAUCAAGAGGUUAGCCGUUCCUCUGGGGCUGAUGACUGCAGGCGCUUCAGUCUGCUAUCCGGCUCAAACAGUGGCUGUGUUUAAGGUGACAGGUAAGAAGGUGUAUGCUGCAGGGCAGUGGAGCAGCGCUACAGUGUCUUCGCUGCUCGCCUCCAAACCCCAGAAGCCUGCCACCAAAGAGGUUGCUGCUUCACAACCACAGACAGCUACAGUGCCAAAUCCAGCAGCAGAGUCUUCAGUAGUUGAGGAGCUGAGCUCAGCCAAGAGCUCAACCAUCACAGAGACAGAGGUGGGAUCAGCCGAGCCUGUUCCUGUCUCUGAUGAGCCUGUUGUCGCUGUCACUACAGAGGAGGCAUCAUCAGUAACACUCACAGAGAUUUCCCCCGACCAGACCCCCACAGAGACCAGCACAGUGGCUCAUUCAGUGUCAGCAGAGACAGAGGCCACCACCACCUCUGAGGAAAUACCUGCACCUGUUGAGCGAGAGGAGCCCUCAGACACAAAACAAGCACCAGAGGCAAGUCCAGCCGAGCCCCAACCAAGCUUAGAACCAGAGAUGGUGGAGGCUGCUCCAGUGGAAGUUACUCCAGUGGAGGCUGCUCCAGUGGUGGAGGCUGCUGCAGUGGAGGAAGCGACACUAGUGGAGGCUGCUGCAGUGGAGGCCGUUCCAGUUGAGGCAGCUCCAGUGGUGGAGGCCGCUCCAGUUGAGGAGGCCGCUCCAGUUGAGGAGGCCGCUCCAGUUGAGGAGGCCGCUCCAGUUGAGGAGGCCGCUCCAGUGGUGGAGGCCGCUCCAGUGGUGGAGGCCGCUCCAGUGGUGGAGGCCGCUCCAGUGGUGGAGGCCGCUCCAGUGGUGGAGGCCGAUCCAGUGGUGGAGGCCGCUCCAGCGGUGGAGGCCGCUCCUUCCUCUGAAGAACCACCUGCUCCAAAGGCCUCAGAGGAGCUAGCAGUGCCAGUUGUUGAAUCAGCGGAGCCGGAACCUGCUGACCCACCACAAGAUGCUGCUGUGGAGGAGCCACCAACCCCGACACUCACACCUGAAAACAGCAAAGAGGGCUCCAGUUUCAAGCCAGACCCUGCUUUGAUGGACUUCGGCCAGUCCAGCCCCGAGGACGAGGACCUGUACAGCACACGCAGCUGAGAAACCGACCAGAGCCAGCCGCAGGAGAAACCUCAUUCCCACACUGCCAUCUCGUAUCUCAUUCACACGACAACAGACACUCUGUAUCAGUAUGCAGUGUAAAUAGGUCAUAUAGCAAGCAAUCAGAGUUUGGAAGUCUUUCAUCAACAUUUCCGUUCUCAAUUCUUUGGCCCACACCAUUUAUAUUUCCACAGAAAAGGUCCAAGUGUAUUAGCAAAGCAGCACUUCCCGUACACAGACCAGAGUCUGUUUGCGUAAAACGACAGAAAUGUGGGAAAAAAACAACAACACCCACAACUGUUUACAAGUCUUUUAAUCCACAGAUGGCAGAUUGUGAAUUUUUCUCUCUGUAUGUGUCAUUUAACAAUUAUGGGCUUUUGUGCAACAGCUUUCACAGUCACGGGUGCAUGGUGCUUUUAUUUAUUGUAAUUUAGCCCACUGCAUUGCUUUGCUGAAAAUACUGCACAUGUGCUGGUAAUGGUGACAAGAUGGACUGGUGCUGUUCUGUUUUAUAACAUCAGAGAUUGUCUGCAGUUGUUUAGAACCCAGAAUAAAUCUAUAUUUUUCAUGA